CGACUCGACUCUCGACUAACUAUUCUAAAAAUAGACGACUAAUACUACAAUAUAAGAGCUUUUAAAACUUUGUAUAUGAUGAUUUGUUCGCUGUGAUUUGAUUUACUAAAAGGUGAACAUAGAAUCUGAAGACCGUUCGUAAUGAGACGUUCAGACAUGCAAACAAUUAUUCUGUGGUGCCUUGUAUUACCAGCAUUAGCACCCGACCCUUCAACGGUAGAUAAUUUACAGCCUACCACACCUGGAGCAGAACCUGAUAACAGUUAUUCAGUUACCACAAACGAUACAAACAGCCUCAAUACAGCCGUUGAUAAUACGUUUGACUACGUAUUACGGAUCAAAAGACCAAAAGGAAUAGAAGAGAUAAAAAUAAAGACCGAUAUUGUGCCACUAACGCAAAAGACCCUUUUUUAUUGGACGCUUGAUGAGAUUAUCCAAUACUUUCCAGUGGUACAACUUAUAGAAUGUAAUAGCCAAUGUAUUGAAGAAACCAAUAUUCCUCUAGAAAAGCUAGAAAUGGGUCUGAUGCGUCGCAACGGUUUUGAGUGUCAGCCUUGUUAUUGUGAUGAUUCAUGUCAUGUGAGCGGUGAUUGUUGCACUCUUGUGGCACAUACCCGACCUGUACAAGACAAAUUUCAGUGCAUAGAUAGAAUUAAUCAGACAAAAAUGGAAAGGGUCGUUUUCACAAAGAUGUCUUGUGCGGAUAAUUAUUCUGAUAUGGGAGUGCGAGAAUUAUGCGAAAUGCCACCUAGUGGUUGUGGUAUGUUGCCCGUGACAUCACAAAGUGGAAUAACGUAUUUGAAUAAAUAUUGUGCAAUUUGUAACUAUGAGAAUAAAUAUAAGAAAUGGGAAUUGGAUAUGAGAGGAGAAAACAUGCAAUUGAGUAGCCGUGUACUAGAAUUGUUUUCAUGUGAAAAUGACAUAUACAUAAAGCAGUCUUCAUUUGAUCAACAGAUGGAAACUAUAAGAGAAUGUGAUCGAAAUAUGAUUCGAACAUGCAAAAUAAAUUCCCCCAAAAUACUAGAAACAAACUGUCAACGACACUAUGGUCCAAUUUAUCGUCCAGAUGUUGGGGCGUUUAAAAAUGUUUUCUGUUAUAUGUGUAAUAGAGGAGAAUAUGGACGGGUGGCGAACACUGAAUUUAGUGGCGUCAUAUUUACAGUAUACACAGUGUCAUACCCUAAUUUACCAGAUUUAUUUCAUCGUGUUUAUACUUCAAGUGUGGCUGGAAUGUGUAAUUCUUCUUCUGUGGGCUGGUUUCAUCCAUAUCAGAGAAGGUGCUAUAAAAUUGAUUGUGCACCACAGCUCCAAUUACAAAAUGGCGAAUGUCUUCCCAGACAAGACGAUUUUAGGACGGUGUACCAUAUCCUGUUUACAAUAGACGACGUCUUCUACAUGGCACAAAUGGAUCUUCUAGCAAAUAAAAUACAAGAGGAUUUGCAGACAUUAAGAAUUACCACGUAUGCAACAUAUGUUGGAAUUCUAGAUUAUUCAAAUAACGCAUUUAUCCAUGUAUACUUUUUCUUAGAAAAAUCGCGAUUCAGAAACCUAACAAAAAUUUUAUCUUUCAUUAAAGAUAAUUGGAAAUUUGGCGAACAAGUGACACAUGAUUCGACAGUAUCACACAGUCGGAACAUAUCACAUGAAAUCGUUUCUGAUGAUGUGUUAUUAACCUGCUGUAAAAAAGACAAGAUUGCCUAUUUUAAUCGCUCAAGGACACAUAUUGUUGAGCUCAAUGAGCAAUACCUCUGUCCGCACAUUGUACAAGACUAUUUAGAAUUUAAAGUCGGACUGAAUGGCAGUUUAACAUUAUACAACACGAGUUUAAGAUUAAAUAAAGGGGACUAUUACAUGGAUCAGCAAAACAGCGUAACGAUCUGUAUACAGACAAUCAAUGAUAAAUGGAAAUCUAGUUUGGAACAGGAAAAUGGCAUAUUCUUCAGGUUACGAAUAGGCUUUUUGGUCCUGUCAUUACUUUCUCUAUUUCUAACGUUUCUGACAUACUGCACGUUCCCGAUUCUGAGGACAUCGGCCUCAAAAAACAAUAUGGCGCUCGUUGUAUGUCUAUUUCUGGCGCAACUGUUUUUGCUGAUCGGAAGCUUUCAGGCGACCAAUGAUAUUAUUUGUAAAAUAUUGGGUAUGCUAAUUCUUUAUUCAUGGUUGUCCGUUGUCUUUUGGAUGAAUGUUUGUUCGUAUCACAUGUUUUCUGUUUUCCGAUUAUCAACUGUGUCGAGAAUACCAAGUUCCGCCAAACGAUUCAUCAAAUAUACAUUAUAUGCUAAUGGCCUACCCUUGAUUAUUAUGGUUGUUUUGGUGUUUGGGUGGGCUUUGGCGAGUAAUGGUUUUCUUGAUUAUGAUGGGCGGCUAUGUUACUUAGAAACGCCCUUUGCAGUGGGGAUUGGUUUUUAUUUGCCACUUUUUUUAGUAAUUAUUUGUAACUUUAUUUUCCUAUCACUGACAAUAAUAUCGAUAAAUAAGACCUCUAAUAAUGCCAGACUUGUUGGUAACGAUCGACAGCAUAUCAUGGUAUACCUAAAACUAUCGACACUAACCGGCAUCUUCUGGACGGUCGAUAUUUUAUCAAAGGUUUUCUUACAUGAUAUCUUGAGCGUCUUAUCCACAAUUUUAAACUAUGGUCAAGGUAUUUUUAUCUUCCUGUCUUAUAUGGUAAAUCGACGAGUUGCUAACAUGUGGCUUGGUCUGUGUGGUAAACAACUCCCCUUUAGUAGUCCUGAAUCACCGAAGGCAAGCAGCGAUUCAAAACAAGAUAAAAAACAACCCAGCACUGAGGAAGUGGAAUUGAAGUAAUUUAAUUAACGAAAUUCUCGAACUGUUGGUAUUUUGUAAAUAAGGCCAAAAAAAAAAUCUUAUAUGCGUAUUCUGAUUAAGAUUUACAUGUCGCUUCGACUCGUUUUAAUGGUAUGUCAACAUUGAAAUAUGUACCACAUUUAGAACUGUAUAAUAAUACACCUAGAUUCAGAUUUGUAUAUUAAUACUGUCGAGUAGGAAUAUUUGCAUAUUCCAUUUUCCCCUCUUUACGCCAAUAUCUUAUGUUAUUCCACUGUUUUACGCAUUGUUAUAAUUUACUUAUAUAUUACUAAUUCGGAUCCUUUAGAACCUCUUUACUUAUUCAAUGCCAAGGUCAUGUCGAUGAUGCAUGUUUAUAUUCGAUUAACCAGACACUUUGUAUCUAUGAUUUGUGUUGCUUGAUAAUUAGGCACUAGGAGAUCGAGAUUAAAGAUGGCGUCUUAAAGAUUGAUGGUAUUUUGUUCUUCCUAUAUAACCCAGUUGUGGCCCCCCCGCUACACCCCCAGGAAAUGGGGUAGCCGCAACAAUACGCAUAUUUAAACCUGCAUAAUUAUACGCCCAUAUCUGAAUCCGUUACGCCCACUUUUAGAGCUGUAUAAUAAUACAUUUUAAUCUGUAUAACAAUACGCUCACAUUUUAAUCUCUAUUAUGACAAGCCCACAU